AUGAACUGGGGUUUCCUGGAGAACGUCCUCAGCGGGGUGAACAAAUACUCGACUGUGAUUGGUCGGAUCUGGCUCUCUGUGGUCUUCCUCUUCAGGAUCUUGGUGUACGUGGCGGCAGCUGAGCAGGUGCGUCUGUGGGCCCUGCAGCUCAUCAUGGUGUCCACGCCAUCCCUGCUGGUGGCGCUGCAUGUAGCCUACAGGGAGCACCGGGAGGCCAAACUCAAGAAGAAGCUGUACAAAGAUAAAGGGAGCAUCGAUGGAGGUCUGUUCCUCACCUACACCCUCAGCCUGGUCUUUAAGACCGCCUUCGAGGUGGGCUCUCUGCUUUGUUUUUACUUCCUGUACAACGGCUUUGAGGUUCCCAUCAUGCUUCAGUGCAGCGAGAGUCCCUGUCCCAACACUGUGGACUGCUUCAUCGCCAAAGCCACAGAGAAGAAGAUCUUCCUCUACAUCAUGGGCUGCACCUCCAUCCUCUGCAUCGCUCUGAACUUUGCAGAGCUCAUGUACAUCGCCUGGAAGCGGCUGUGGAAAUGUUUGACCAGGCGGUACGUCCCCGUGGAGGAGAAGGCUUCCUUACGCAGCCGGCCAUCUGUCUCUAUUGUCAACAAGUUUGCGUUGGCUGAUCCCACAGUAAACACAGUGGACAGCUUCACACAGCCGGCACACACAGCUGAGAACCAGACAGUCCAGUCAUGA